CAAUGGGUGGAAGAAAAAAAUGUUGUUAGACACUCCUUUUACAGAGAUCAGCACCAUUUCACAGUUACUUCUUGUGGAAGCAGUUGAAACUUGGCAAAAAGGGUUUUGGAGUACUAGCAAACAUGGAUGACUUUAAAAAAGAUCACCAUUAUUCAGAUGUAGCUGAGGUCUCUACUGUUCAGCACCAUGAAGCACAGCAAGAUAUGCCAGAGAUUACAACACGGCGUUUGAGAGACCGGACCCUCCUGAAGAGGAAAAGAGAGGAAGCGCUAGAAAAAGAUUCUUUCCAGUGGGUUUGGGGGGGGCAAACUAGCAGUAAGGGACAACGCAAAGGGACAACUGGGCGUGGGAGAAAGAAGGUUCAAAAAACUGAGCCUGAGCCAGAUGUUCAGUGUGAGCUGACACCUGAAGCAGAACCACAGACUGCUCCUGAAGUCUUACAGGAGAAGACAGACAUUGGACUUGAGCAUCUACAUUAUCAUGAAGAUCCAGGUCUGACAGUUACCAAAGAAGGUAACAACAAUAAAACCUUUUUAACACAUGAAGAUCAAGCGGCUGGGCAUGUUUCUCACAGCAGCAUCCCUUUCCUAACAGAAAACAAGGAGCCAGAACCAGAGGAGGAGGCAAGUCCGGUGUCACUAGCUUCAAUUCCACUACCUGAAACUCUCAGCUUCUCCCAGGAACAUCAGUGUGAGGAACAAAAUAUCUAUACACAUUUACUUUAAUCAGUACUAAUGGGACAAUGCGUCUUUUAAAAAAUAAAAAUAGUGUUUCUGUUCAGAA